UCAGGAAAGCAUCAUGUGUUGAACAACGCUCAAGAAGCUCGGAAUCACCGCAUGGAGUUUGGUUCCUGCGACGUCUGUGAGACCCUUCGCUUUACGGAUAAACCACGUACGAGAACGUAUAAACUGCGCGCGCUCUGCUGGAAGAUGCUUCCUUUCCCUUGUGAUCCCCCUUCUGCCUACUCCCUCUCGUUGCUAUCAUGCUGUACGAAGGCUACACUGACCAGUCUCGUAACGCCAUACUGACGCAAACCAGGUCAGUUAGCUACAGUGAAGUGGCUUCGAUAACACUCUUGACGUGGGAUACCAUUGUCACAUUCUCUGAAGAGGUUGAGUUGAUAUGGGAAAAAAAUUGGACGCCUGCCAAGGGCAUGUAUCUCGUUGCAAGAUACUUGCCGUGGGUUUUUCAGCUGGCUCUGUUGCCCUUGAAUAUUGGUGGUUCAACCGGCCUGCGGUUCUCAAUCAUUGAAUGCAAACGGUGGAUGACGGUCCAAGCAGUCAUCUUGCAGCUCAUCAUCACCAGUGUAGACGCCAUUCUCAUAACGCGUGUGUAUGCACUCUACAACAGGAGUCGCGCCCUUCUGGGCGUGCUUUCCGCUCUGUUCCUUGCUGAGCUGUUCGGUCUUUCAUACAUCCUCGCGGUCGUCACACCUAAGCUCACCUUUAACGACGAAUGCUUUGUGACCUCGAGCCCUUCGCUCUUUGUAGUAUACUGGAUUGUUUCGCUUGCUUUCGAGACUAUACUCUUCGUAUUAACCUUGGUCAAGUUCGGCUGCGCAGUCAAACAAGGGUGGGGAAGAAGACCGGUGAUGAGGGACUUCGUCACGGAUGGCACAUGGGCGUAUACUCUGAUCUUCGUUACCAUGCUUGUCAAUGCGAUGCUCUACAAGUUCAAUACAACGCCCCUUGCUGGUGGCUGCUCUCCGUUCUCUCCUUUGCAAGUCUACCAGGGGUCCCGUGUCAUUCUCAACCCACGCCGACGAAAUAUCAGCAGAGUAUCAAUAACAAGCUCCGAACCCAUUACCAUCCCGCUUUCACCUUUGACGCCUCUGACCCCACACAUCUGGGUCUCGCCGUACUCGCCUACAUCCCCAGAUUUGCCCUCCCCCUUCAAAGAUAAAGACAACUUCGGCAACGGAAUAUUCGAGUGUCAUGUCAUGGCUGAUUAUCGUACAGAGCAGGCACUCGUUCAUUCCUAUGUGUCGUCCGAUUGCGGGGCCGCUCUAUAGAGACAGCACCCAGAUGGAGACAGAUAUCAGAAUUAACGUGUAAAAUGAUCAUGCGUGCGGAGCAACCUCGCUUCGCUGUCUCUCAUCUUAUCGCCCUGGUAGCGAUGUAGCACGGCAACGGUGAAUUGUUGCG